AUGGCGGACGAUAGCAGCUUGAACAAGAAUGCCUCAGUGGGGAGAAAGUUCGGCAAAGGAUUUCUCACGGGAAGGCUGCGGUCUCUUUCCUCUCCACCGUCGCCACUUAAAGUUGAUGUAGCUGCCGCUCUUUUGGCACAAUCCUCAGGUCAAACCCAUCCCGCAAGCGCCAGCCCUGCUUCUGGGGAUACGAUUGCGGACAACAAGUCCUCAGUUCCCAGUAGUCCCGUCACUUCGAGUCCCCUAGGGAGCCCCACCAUUGCCUCCAGGAGACGUGGGCGCUCUGGAAGUACAGCAGCCAGUACGAGGAGAAGUACGAGCGGCCCGCCUGGUUGGGGCAGGAAUAGACCUGUGCAACCCAGUGCACCGUCGUUUCCGUACGACGAGUUUCUGAUGACCGACGCGAAAGCACGGCGGCAGCGAGUUACGCUGAUUGCGUUGGAGAGGAGGCGGAAGGCUGAGAUAAUGGAAAAGGCAAAGGCAAAAACGGCGGCAAGGAGUGGGGGCAUGAAGGAAAAGCUAUUAGGGGUGGUGAGGGGGAAUAAAGAUGAUGGCAGAGACAAGGAGAAGGAAAAGGAAACAAAAAGCGGAUUGAAAUUCAGUUCCCUACUAAAAGGCGGCAAGAGCAAGCGGUCGAAGAUAGAGGAUCUCCAUCUUUUACAAAUGGCGGUCCACGACCUUCGAGUAUCCGCUUCCUGUAUGAUCAUCAAUAACAUCGCCGCGGCGUCGAUACAGAAAACGCAUCCAGCGCUGGUCAAUCGCAUUUUCGUGAAAGCUAUGGUCAACGGUCUGGAACCGGUGUGCAUGAUGAUGCUGGAUAAAGGAUUUCCGCCAGACGUCAAUGCGCCGAUGUAUCAGUCGAGUGGGGCUAAUUUCAGGGCCCCAUCGUAUUUCAUGCUGGCUGUGGCGCUGAGAAUGCAUACGGUGGUGUUUCACAUGUGCCAGAACCAUCGCGUGAAAGUCAACAGUGACUGGUACGGAAUCACACCACUCCACCUAGCCGUCGGCAAGGGAUCAAUUUCCGUCGUCAAUAUCCUUCUCGACAACGGCGCCAACCCCUCGCUCGGCCUAGCCGUCCAGGACUACCUCCUUCUCCGCAAACUCAAACACAUCGUCAUCAAAAACCGCGGAGUUUCCGGCCGGCUUCUAGCCGCUGGCAACAGCGGGACGCUCAACAGCGGAAGCGGAAGCGCCCUGAACGCCAUCCCAUUGGGCACUGCAGGAGGGGGAUUCUACGGCACUCCAGGUACUCCAGGAGGCAGCUUACCUCGGAUGAAACGACGCAAUUCCAACGCUUCUGGCCGGGGGGUAGAGACGAAUCCGAGUCCGACGCUGCUGCCGACCCAGGGCAGCUCGGACUCGCAGACUUCGGUUUUCUCGUUACCGGGGCAGAUGACGAGCGGGGUCGAGGUGCAGGAGAUAUUGCCGCUUGAUACGGCGUCGGUGAUGCAGGAUCAGGAAAUGGUGGGGUUGUUGUUGACCAAGUAA